UCUGAUGUUAGAUUUUAUCUUCUGUAAAACAUGCGCUGAAUGAAGGUCCGAAGAAGGACCCGUCAAAAUGAAUCACAAGCGCGAGGAUGAAAAAGAAAGCGUCGCCGCUCAAGAUGGAGCAUCCAACUCGUCAUGGCGAACGCACUCUAACUCCAGCUCGACGGCUCACGACUCUCCGAUUCGCAAUGAUCAGCCGACCCUGUCUGAGAAGCCAGGCCCGGAAAGGAAACCCUCUAUGGCGCGACAGCUCACCGAAGAUGAUAUUGCGCGAGCCUUGUCGCAGAGACGGACCGGCUCUGUCCAGGGUGAAACGGACGAGGAUACGGCUCAGAUCGUGAGACUGGUCUCCCGCAUGUUCGGUCAGGACCGCAAGGCGAAUUCCGACGAAGAGAAGACAAGGCAUCAGGGUGUUGUAUGGAAGCAUCUGACGGUGAAAGGCGUUGGAUUGGGCGCGGCUAUGCAACCCACCAAUUCUGAUAUCCUUUUCGCCAUCCCAAGGUUGAUCAAACAACUGAGUACGAAUGGUAACAGGCAUCCAUUGAGAACAAUCCUCGAUGACUUUACGGGCUGCGUGCGACCCGGCGAGAUGAUUUUAGUCCUUGGAAGACCGGGCUCUGGAUGCUCGACGUUCUUGAAAGUACUCGGAAACCAGCGAUCAGGCUAUAAAAGUGUGGAAGGUGACGUGCUUUACGGGGGAACAGACUCUAAAACGAUGGCCGACAAAUAUCGCUCGGAAGUACUGUACAACCCCGAGGAUGAUCUUCAUUACCCAACGUUGAACGUGAGAGAUACUCUUCUGUUUGCUCUCAAAACAAGAACCCCCGACAAAGCGUCGCGACUGCCCGGAGAGACCCCGAGGGAAUACCAGGAAACGUUCUUGUCGACCAUUGCGAAGCUCUUCUGGAUCGAGCAUACUCUGGGAACGAAGGUCGGCAACGAACUCAUUCGUGGGAUUUCCGGUGGCGAGAAGAAGCGAGUAUCGAUAGGAGAAGCCUUGGUGACCAAGGCGAGUACGCAAUGCUGGGAUAACUCUACAAAGGGCCUGGAUGCUAGCACAGCACUCGAAUAUGUGCAGAGUCUCCGAAGUUUAACUGACAUGGCAAAUUCAUCCACCUUUGUGGCUUUAUACCAAGCUUCGGAGAAUUUGUACAACUUAUUCGACAAGGUCAUUCUGAUUGAGGAUGGCAAAUGUGCAUAUUUCGGCCGCGCUGCAAAUGCUAGGGCCUAUUUUGAACGCUUAGGAUUCGAAUGUCCGCCUCGUUGGACAACGCCUGAUUUUCUGACCUCUGUGAGCGAUCCCCAUGCGCGGCGUGUGAAGAAGGGAUGGGAAGAUCGUAUCCCCAGAUCGGCAGAGGAAUUCCAAAACAUAUAUCGCAAAAGUGACAUACACAAAGAAGCCAUUGCCGACAUGGAGGAUUUCGAGCAGGAGGUCGAAUCACAGCGCGAAGACCGCGAGAUUGCCCGGGAAAAUAUGCCGAAGAAGAACUACACCGUUCCAUUCUACAAACAGGUAAUGAUUUUGACUCACAGGCAGUUUCUGGUCAUGUAUGGCGACAAGCAAUCACUCGUUGGAAAGUGGUCCAUCCUUACAUUCCAGGCGCUCAUUAUCGGAAGUCUUUUCUAUGACCUCCCACAAACGAGUGGUGGGGUGUUCACCCGAGGAGGUGUUAUGUUUUUUGUUCUUCUUUUCAACUCUCUACUUGCCCUGGCAGAACUUACAGCGACAUUUACAACACGACCUGUUAUGCUCAAACAUAAAAGCUUUUCAUUUUAUCGACCGUCUGCCUACGCCUUAGCCCAAGUGGUCGUCGAUGUACCCUUGAUCUUUGUCCAAGUGACAAUAUUUGAUCUCAUUGUCUACUUUAUGUCAAAUCUUACAAGAACAGCCUCGCAAUUUUUUAUCAACUUCCUUUUCAUAUUUACGCUCACGAUGACGAUGUAUUCAUUCUUCAGGGCCAUUGGGUCUGUCUCUGCUUCGCUUGAUGUUGCCACUCGAGUCACUGGGGUGGCAAUCCAAGCACUGGUAGUAUAUACGGGUUACCUAAUUCCGCCGUGGAAGAUGCAUCCGUGGCUGAAGUGGUUGAUUUGGAUUAACCCGGUUCAAUACGCCUUUGAGGGUAUAAUGUCAAACGAGUUCUAUGACCUGGACAUCCAAUGUCAAGCACCAAACAUUGUGCCGGAUGGCCCCAACGCUUCUCCCGGACACCAAACCUGCGCGCUACAGGGAAGCAACACCGACCAGUUGACAGUUCAAGGCCCAAACUACAUCAACACCGCCUUUACCUACAGUCGCUCUCACCUCUGGCGGAACUUUGGUAUCAUCAUAGCAUGGUUCAUCUUCUUUGUUUUCUUGACAAUGCUUGGGACUGAGUUUCAGAAGCCCAAUAAAGGAGGAAGCGCGGUCACUAUCUUCAAGCGGGGAGAGGCUCCUGCGGCGGUCGAAGAGGCUGUCAAACAUGGGGAACUUCCUGAAGAUGUCGAAGCAGGGAAGAAAGAGAAUGAUACCAGUGGUGUUCUGGAGAGGAAGGGCUCUAACGAAACGGGAGGUAACGUCGAGGGCAUUGCCAAAAGCACAUCCAUCUUCACCUGGCAAAAUGUCAACUACACCAUACCUUAUAAAGGAGGGCAAAAGCAGCUUCUGCAGGAUGUCCAGGGAUAUGUCAAGCCGGGUCGUCUUACCGCACUGAUGGGUGCUUCUGGAGCAGGAAAAACUACUCUGUUGAACACACUGGCGCAACGCAUCAAUUUUGGUGUUGUAAAUGGGUCUUUCCUGGUUGACGGAAAGCCGCUUCCUAAAAGCUUCCAAAGAGCUACAGGCUUUGCCGAGCAGAUGGAUAUCCAUGAGCCCACCGCAACGGUUCGAGAAUCCCUUCGAUUUUCCGCACUUCUUCGACAGCCAAAAGAAGUACCGCUUCAGGAAAAAUAUGACUACUGCGAGCGAGUCAUAGAUCUCCUAGAAAUGCGGCCGAUUGCCGGUGCAACUGUGGGUGCCGGAGGUGUAGGUCUCAACCAAGAACAACGCAAACGACUCACAAUCGCGGUGGAACUGGCAAGUAAGCCAGAGCUGCUACUCUUCCUGGACGAGCCUACCUCUGGACUUGACUCCCUAGCUGCGUUUAACAUCGUUCGGUUCCUUCGACGGCUUGCCGAUGCUGGACAGGCGAUCCUAUGCACGAUUCAUCAGCCGUCAGCGGUGUUGUUUGAACACUUUGACGAUCUCAUUCUACUUCAGAGUGGUGGCAGAGUUGUGUAUAAUGGUGAACUGGGCCAGGAUUCUGAUAAGCUAUUAAAGUACUUUGAAGAGAAUGGAGGCAAGCGGUGCCCUCCUCACGCAAAUCCUGCAGAGUAUAUGCUGGAAGUCAUUGGUGCCGGUAAUCCCGACUACAAAGGGCAAGAUUGGGCAGAGGUGUGGGCCAACUCUCGUCACGCCAAAGAACGAUCCGAUGAGAUCGAUCAAUUUAUCAACACUCGACGCGACAAGCAGGACACAGGACGAAAAGACGACAAUCGGGAAUAUGCAAUGCCAAUCUGGGUUCAGAUUGUCGCGGUUACCAAGCGUUCGUUCGUCGCAUACUGGCGGACCCCCGAGUAUAAUGCCGGCAAAUUCCUCUUGCAUAUCUUCACAGGACUCUUCAACACAUUCACCUUCUGGCAUCUAGGGAACAGCUACAUUGACAUGCAAUCACGCUUGUUCUCCAUCUUCAUGACCCUGACCAUCUCGCCGCCUCUCAUCCAGCAGCUGCAGCCCAAAUUUCUCCAUUUCAGGGGUCUGUACGAAUCGCGUGAGUCCAAUUCGAAGAUCUACUCCUGGGCUGCAUUCGUUACGAGUGCCAUCCUCCCUGAACUGCCAUAUUCAAUCGUCGCUGGAUCCAUCUACUUCAACUGCUGGUACUGGGGUAUAUGGUUUCCCCGCGACUCCUUCACAUCCGGAUACACCUGGAUGAUGACGAUGCUGUUCGAGAUGUUCUACGUCGGCUUCGGCCAAUUCAUCGCGGCCUUCUCGCCCAACGAGCUCUUCGCCUCCCUCCUCGUCCCCUGCUUCUUCACCUUCGUCGUCUCCUUCUGCGGCGUGGUCGUCCCCUACCCGUCCAUGAUCCACUUCUGGAAAUCCUGGAUGUACCACCUAAGCCCCUUCACCUACCUCCUCGAGGGCUUCCUCGGCGUCGUCACCCACAACGUCCCCGUGCGCUGCGUGCCCCGUGAAGAAUCAACCUUCACUCCGCCUCCGGGCUCCAACUGCCAGGACUACGCGGGCUCGUUCGCACAGGAGGCUGGCGGGUAUGUUCGGGACAUGGGCAAUGGCGUCUGCGCUUAUUGUCAGGUCUCGGACGGGGAUAAUUUCUCCUCCGGAUUCAACGUCUUCUACUCGCAUAAAUGGCGCGACUACGGUAUAUUCUGGGCCUUCGUCAUGUUCAAUUUCGCUGCCGUGUUCUUCUUCUCGUGGUUGUAUCUUCAUGGGAUCACUAACACCAAGAGAUGGUUUAGUGCGAGGAAGGCGAGGAAGGUGGCUGCGGCUUAGGGACUGGGUGUGCUUUUUUUCGGGGGUAUUUACUACUACUAUAUAUAUUCGGUAUUGUUGACUCCUUGUUUCAUGGUGUUUCUGGAAGAUGGGAAAACAGUUGUACUACAGUUUUACAGUCAUGUAUCUGAGCUUGAUUAUUUGGGGAUUGUCUACUCCACUCCUGUGAUGUAUUUACAAUGGAUAUAUAGUAUGGUUAGCUAACGGAUAGUUGAUAUUGAG